AUGGUACCACCUGUUUUCCCGAACAGAUUAUCUGUACCCGACGAGACUCCGGAAUAUUUCUACACAGAAGUAAAACCCUCGGUCAAUCAACUUCCUUAUGCGCCUCCUCGUCAAGGGUUUUUGGGCACGGCGCAGAGUUAUGCAUAUCAUCAAAAACCGGAACGGAAUUUAGGGCGGGAGAAUAUGAGCUGUGUGGAAAGUUUCGCCUCUACAAGCUCGGAAUUUUCCACAUCAAAACAUCCAUACCACCUAAGCUCUGUAACAUCUUCUAGUACCACAUCAUACACCGGACUUGAACUGGAUACAAAUGAAUCGGAUUCUCAGCAAGCACCGCAAGUCCCGAUGAAUGCGCCGAACGAAGUGCCAGAUUACAAUUGUAUGGAUGGACUCCAUAUAGAAGGAGAAAGCUGGAAUCAGGCUUCCAAUCUAGAUUCAAACACAGGAAUGAACAACUUCCAGGAUUUCAAUCAAUCAUAUUUUGUCCCCAUUUCGACCCAAACUGAAAAUUACCAAUCACUUGAUAUCCAAGGAUCUCCGACAUUUCAUCUGGCUACUGAAAAUAAUGGGUUGUCGAGUUUUGAGGUCCCAGAUCUUUCGUUUUCGCCCGAAACGCCUAACGAUCAGAAUCGAGGUUAUGAAGCAACGGAUGAUUAUUUCUUCUACUAG